AUGGCUGCUUUUAUGCAUGUUCGGCAGGAAAAAUUGUACAUGAAGCGGAAAACGUGCCGUCCGGGAAAAUAUUGUGCCUUCUAUCGCUUUGACGAGGAGAAUGUUCAAUGGAUUUCGGACCAUUUUGUGCCAUAUUCGGAGGAGACACGGGGUGGUCGACUUUGUGGAAAAGAACAAAUGGAAAUUUUCCUUAGGUACUUGGCAGACCCUGGACACCAACUUGGCGUCGGAGAAGACAAGGGAGUCCACCAAACGACGGUUUCAAAAACAUUUUCCAAAGUGCUUAGCCACGUUAUAGAGAAGGCCGACUUGUGGAUUAAAUUUCCCGUUACAAUUGCGGAUGUUCACCAUGCUCAGCAGCUUUGGCAGGAGGAGAAGCAGAUUCCUGGUACGGUUGGGGCCCUGGACUGUACGCACGUACAGAUUCUGAAACCUGGUAUAAGAGGUGGCCAUGGAGAUGAGUAUAUCAACAGGAAAGGAGCCGCUUCCAUAAACGUGCAAGCAACAUGCGAUGCGAAAGAACGGUUUACAAGCGUUGAUGCUAAUUGGCCGGGAUCCGUUCACGAUAGCCGAAUAUUGAAGAAUUCACAUGUUGCUGUAACGAUGGUUAAUUCGCGACACAGAGGCUUGCUGUUAGGUGAUGAGGGCUACGCCAUCGCCCCAUGGCUUCUCACACCCUACAAAAAUCCACUGCUUCCGGCCGAGAGAACCUUCAAUAACAUCCACGCGAGGGAAAGGGUCGUCAUCGAAAGGUGCUUUGGCCAGUUGAAAAAAAGAUUUCCAAUCUUACAAGGUCGUGUGAGACUGGCACUCCACAAGGUGCCUAGCGUCAUCGUCGCAUGCAUCAUGCUCCAUAACGUCGCGAAAUACCUGAAUGAUCCUCAUGACAACUUCCCCGAGUUUGAUGAAGAUAGCGAUAGUGAAGAUGACGAUGAUGAUGAUGAUGAAGAUGUAGAUAGGAGAAUUCGUCAACGCGGACAGGAUAAACGCCGAGCGAUAGCCGAUUUCCUGAAUAAUGCCCAAGACUAG